AGCUCCAUUUACUCAUCUGGCCUUACACAGCUUUUAAUCACCAUACGGGUCUUUCAAUAGACCUUACUUCACCUCUCUGCACUAAUUUCCGGCCAUAUUACUUAUCUCCGAGCCGUCAAGAAUGACAUUGUUUUCGGUCAACGCCUCGCACCCCGAUCUCACAAAGCCAACGGCGCAGGUAGUAAGUGUGCAGCUUGUGAUUGCCACAACUCUUGGGCUCUCAGCGGUGCUCGCAUUCUCGGUGCUCCGACGCAAAUGGAGCAAACUCUACGCCGCACGACUCACACGACGUAAGGGUUUGCCUGCGAUCCCCGCCUCGCUCUUUGGCUGGCUUCCGAUGAUCUUCCGCAUCAGUGAAGAAGAUGUGUUGGAGCAUGCAGGGCUUGACGUAUUCGUGUUCCUUGGAUUCUUUAAGAUGGCGAUCAAAACCCUUCUCGUCUGCUGCUUCUUUGCCUUCACCAUAAUCUCACCCGUGCGAUAUCACUUUACGGGGAACAUCGACCAGGGCAGGGACGAAGAGGGUUUGAAGAAGAAGGAAGAUCCUGUGAGCUAUCAGCCCUACUUGUGGAUGUACGUCAUUUUCACUUACGUAUUCACGUUUCUGACCAUGUUCUUCUUAAUGCGCCAGACGAAGCACGUAGUGCGCGUGCGCCAGGCGUAUCUCGGGCAGCAGAACUCCAUCACCGACCGCACGAUCCGGAUCUCGGGCAUUCCCCCGGAGUUGCGUGACGAAGAGAGUCUCCUGCGCCACAUCGAGUCCUUGCACAUUGGGAAAGUCCAGAGCGUCACCAUCUGCCGCGAAUGGGGGCCCCUUAACCGUUUGAUCAAGCAGCGAAACCAGAUUAUCCGGAUACUCGAGGCAUACUGGGCAGAGUAUUUGGGGUCGACUCCCAAAAGCCUUUCUCUGCCGUAUACCGAUUCGUUGUGGCUAUCGAACACAGAGACAGACCCGGCAGGAGAUUUUAACCCUAGAUUCUUUGACGACGCCUCUGACACCGGCGAAGACGAUAGCGACGACGCCUCGCCCCUUGAGGCUUCCACCGAUUUGAUCUCAAGCCGGGGCUCAAACACCUCCCGCCCUCGGCUCCGCCGGGGUUGGUUCGGCCCCACUGUUGACGCGAUCAACCACUACACCAACCAGCUAGCCGUCUUGGACGCAGAAAUCCGCCGCGCGCGCGAACGGCACUACCCCGCGACUCCCACCGCGUUUGCGACCAUGGACUCGGUCGCGACGGCGCAGAUGAUGGCCCAGGCAGUGCUAGACCCGAAUCUGCACCGCUUGAUCACGCGCUUGGCUCCGGCUCCCCACGAUAUAAUCUGGGACAGUGUCUGUCUCUCCCGCAGGGAGCGGCUCUGGAAGCUUUACUACAUCACGUUGAUGAUCGGGAUCUUGAGUCUCGCGUUAUUGUUCCCAGUAUCGUCGCUCGCGACAUUGCUCAACGUCAAAACCAUCUCGAAGUUCUGGCCGGGCUUGGGCGCCUGGCUCCAGCGCCACAAGUGGGCGGAGGACUUUGUCACCGGGUUGUUGCCCACGUACAUCUUUGCCUUUUUGAACUUUGCCAUUCCAUUCUUGUACGUGUUUCUCUCCUCCAAGCAGGGUUACGUUUCUCACGGGGAAGAAGAGUUGUCUGCCGUCAGCAAGAACUUCUUCUACAUCUUUGUGAAUUUGUUCUUGGUGUUCACCAUCUCCGGAACCGCCUCCAACUACUGGGGGUUCAUCAGCGACACAUCAAAGCUUGCUUACCAGCUAGCUGAGUCCCUACAAGGCUUGUCGUUGUUCUACGUCGAUCUAAUCAUCCUCCAGGGCGUCGGGAUGUUUCCUUUCAAGCUCCUUCUUCUCGGCUCGGUUAUCCAGCUUCCCUUCUUCAAAGCCCGCUCUAAGACCCCACGUGACUACCGCAAGCUCUACAGGCCACCGGUUUUCAACUUCGGACUCCACUUACCCCAGCCAAUGCUCAUCUUCGUUAUCACCACCAUUUACAGCGUCAUGUCGACCAAGAUCUUGGCCUGUGGAUUGGUCUACUUUGUCAUCGGCUACUACGUCUACAAAUACCAGUUGCUCUACGCGUGUGUGCACCGUCCACACUCCACGGGGAAGGUGUGGCCGAUCGUGUUUCGCCGGGUCGUCACAGGUUUGUUGAUUUUCCAAUUAACCAUGGUGGGGACACUUGCCCUCAGCCGCGGCUAUAUCCUCGCGUCAUGCUUAGCCCCCUUACCGUUGAUUACAAUGUCUUUUAUGUGGGGCUUCCAGAAGAACUACUUGCCAUUAAGCAUCUUCAUUGCGUUGCGUGCAAUUGCGAACCCAAAUGAGGGCUUCCAGGAUGUAGAGGGGGCGCCAGGCGUGGCGCCGAAGUCAGCGCAGACAUUAGACGAACGCAGGGAGGUCAACCAAAACUAUGACUAUCCAUUCUUGGUGUCGCCGCUUGAUGGGCCCUGGAUCGCCAUCGAAAACGAAAACGUUGUAGUGAUGGUGAACGGUGACGAUAUCGUGCGCAAGCCCGUGAAGUUUUACGAGUGGGAGUAG